CGAUCAAUAUCGUUUUACGUUCGCGUUGUUGCGUCCCCAUGAUUUUGCGACAGCUUCCCUCAUUUCUGUUAUCAACGACCGCUUUACGGCAGGGAACACUUCCACAUGGCCUCCAACCAGGCUGGAGCUUAAAUGUGUGUGUGGUGCGUUUUCGGUGGCCAAGUCUUGAGUGUACAAGUUGGAGAAAAUAAAUCACGUUGCAUGCGCAGUUUGCACUUUAAAUAAGGGCUGAAAAUGGGUAAAAGUAAAACCACUAAGUUUAAACGUCCGCAGUUCAACGCGGUUGGAUUGCCGCCGGCGAAUGCUGUGAAGGAAGUGGACGCCGAGGAAGAAGACCACGGGGAUGAUGGCUGUCCAGCUGCGGAGUUGCUGGAGAAAUUGCAGAGUCCCAGUGCCGAUGUGCGAGAGUUUGCAUGUGCCAGCAUUUCUCGGGUGGUGCAGCAGAGUCAGACCAUCCCGGUGUUCCUCCAGAGGGACGCUGUCCGGCGCCUCGGGCCCAUGCUGCUGGACAACAGCCUGGCUGUCAGGGAGACCUCCGCUGGGGCGCUCAGGAAUCUGAGUGCAUGUGGCGGUCAGGAGGUGUGCGAGGACAUGGUGAAGCACGACGUCAUGACUCCUCUGACAGCGCUGCUUAGAGAGAGCUGUGCUGCUUUUGAGAGCGCCACUGUGGCGACGAAAGUCCAGAAGAACGCAGUGGAGGAUGUAGCCAACGAGGCUGUGAACCUAUUGUGGAAUCUGUGUGAGAGCAGCAGUCAGUCGCUGUCUGUGUUCAACAAGGCGGGUCUUCUGGAUUUGGUUGUCCAGUGUUUGGAGAGACACCCGCACAACGUGGAACUGGCCAUAUCUGCUGCCCACUGUUUGCACACUGUGACUGAGGAUAACCCAGAGCUGCUUUGUAGCUUGAACGCUGCUGUGCUCGGAGUCCUGGAGAGCGUCUUGCUGACAUCUCAGCCAGACAUGGCACACACUCUCCUCAGGACACUGGCUGCAGGGACACUGUGGAACAUGAAGGGCAGUUUGCCGGCUGCCCGUCAGGCCCGGACCCUCAACGCCGUGGUGGCCACCUUGUCCCAGUGCCUGGAUCUGGACAUGGGUACACUGAUACCUGAGCUCAGACAAGCAGAAGAGGUUCGUCACAGAAAUACACCACCUGCGGCACACUCGGAGGACCAGGCUGCAGGAGAGCUCGCUGUGGCGGAGAUGGACGAGGAAGAGGAAGCACCGAAACGCAACAGGAAAGGAAAAGCUGUGAGGGUUGAUAACGACUUCUCUGACCUUUUGCCUAGGGACCAGGAGGAGCUGAAGGAGGCAACGGCCUUGCUGACAGCCCAGCAGACGUCCUUAGAGAUCAUCGUCAACUUGUGCUGCUCUGACGACCCUUCUGACGACGAGUGGGAGGAGGAGUCGAGCAGUGAUGAAAGCGACAUGGGUCCGGACAGCCUUUGUGAUGGAGUGUCCAAUCUUAUGUCUCCACUGUGUUUGUCAGCUGAGGUGCACGAGGCCUUGAUCAACCACAGCAUCCCAGAAAAGGUCCUUAAAAAGACCGAGUUCCCCAGAAAGGAAGCUAUGGAUAUGUGCCAACAGAUUCCCUCCUGGAGAUGCCUGAUAAAAAAGAUACAGCGGGUGCAGUCCCGGGCGCUGACGUGCCUCCAUAGCAUCCUCUCCACCAUGGACGCCGAGUCUCUGGGAGGAGCGGCAGCCCUGCAGGGAGCAGCACAGCACCUUUCCAAGCUGGUUUUUGGUGCAGCAGAGAUACCCAAAGACGAGGAGUUCCUGGAGGCCGUCAUAAGCGCCAUGCGGUCUCUUUUACAGAUGAUUGCCUCCAAAAAUAUCCCCCAGUGCAUGACCCCCCAGCAGCUGAUGAGUCUGAGCGAAGCUGCCACCCGCUGCGAUGUUGUCAGUGUGAGAGUCAACGCCGUCGCCAUUUUGGGCAUCACUGGCAGCACAUUAGCCAAAGAGAAGGGCACUGCUGAAACUCUUCAGAUGAUUGGAAACGCCUUACUUCAAGUUGCCACAAAGGACGCCAACCUGGUUGUGAACGGAGAAGCCCUGGACGCCUUGUUUGACGUUUUUGCAGAUGGAGACGAGGCAGAGACGGCUUCCAAAAACAUCCAGUUACUACCAGCACUGAAGGCACUUCAGCCUGUAUUCAAGGCCAAGAUUCGUAAAGAAGGAAGAGGCAAGUACAGCCCCCAGCAGCUGUGCGUGCUAGACAACAUCAAAGUCAACCUGAGAAGAUUCAUUGGUUAUCUGGAGAAGGUGGUGAAAAAAUAAUGAUUAGGAUUGUGCAAUCGGUUGAACCUGUUUGGACAGAUAUGCCAACAGGAGCAUAGAACGAAACAGAAUGUGGUUGUGAAACCAUUGAGUAUUUAUUUUAUGUUGAUAGUAUGCCAUUUGUUUUUGCUCGGUUUCAAUGUUUAUAUUCUCUAAAUAAUGAUUUGCUAUUAUACUUGUUGAUGUGAAAUUUUAUUUUGUUGUUGAGAAAGAUGUGUAGAAAAUCAGAGAUGAGUUAGUAGUUACUGCAAGUUGCAGUCAUGUCUUUUUUAUUUUUGCUCACUUAGUUGAUAUGAAUCAUUUCAACCAAAAUGGUUGUCAGACUUGAAUUUGCAUGAGUUCAUGGACCUUGGUAACAUUUUUAAUCAGGUGUGGAGAGCUGACACCAGGUUUUGAUAUAUAUGCCCAUGAUUUUGUCGCAUGGUUGAAUUGGCCAAACAUUGAUGUUUGCAGUUCUACUUCAAGAGCUGGAAGGCCGAGCUAUUCUACAUCACAGGCCCCGUAAAUGGAAGGAUCGUAGUAUCAGCGACGUAAUAAUUAAAAAAAAAAGAUUUUGAAGUUAUUAAUAUUGGCUUGCUUAAAGAGAAACAAUAUAAUUGACUGUAAUUUCAGUAACAUACUAAGCUGAAAGGAUUCGACAUGUUCACUGCCAAGGUUGUGAUGCCAUUAAAAUCUAUUAGGACAGACAUUAGCCUUCAGAAAUAUGCACAUACUCUCUACCUCUGCCACUCUGAGGUCCCUCCACUUCCCAUCUCUUGGCAUUAAGUGCACACUCUGCCAGGCAGCAAUCUUCUGCAUGGAGUGGUGACUUUUGUGGUGGUAUUUUUGUGACUUCCUCUGUCUGCAAGUUACUAAGACAGUCUUUCUACUUUCUACUGAAAGUAUUGUUGUCGUAAAAUAUAUAUGUAAAUCCAGAAUAGUGCCAUCUAUAUUGCACUGGAUCCAUAGUUUCUUUCUUUGAGUAGCUGACAAAAACUCAUUAAUGCCGUAAAUAUUGAAUGGUGACUUGCACCCACAAAUGCCGUUUAAUCAAAAAUGAAAACAUCAAAAUGAACUCUGUGAUAGUUUUUACGUUUUAAGAGCCAGGCACAGCUUCUCUGGGUUCCCACAACCUUUCAGGGAAAUGUUGGUAAAAUUGCAUGUAAUUGACAACAAGAUCAAUCUGAGGGAGGUUAUGUCAUCAGGCUGUGAAUAAAGGCCUUUUUUUAAAUAAAUACUGGUUUCUUCAGCAUUUCCUUGAGUGUUUGUAACAUGGGUGUAUUUGGAAUUAGUGCUGAGGUGAUAAGAUGAUUGAUCAAUGAGUAGAUUUACAGGAAAAUUAUAAAAACAAAUG